AUGGCUGCCGCUUUCGUACAGACCGUUGACGGUGUGGCCCUGCCACCAGGUUCGCUCCAAGAAUACACAUCUCGAAACAGUUUUCCCGAGAUUUAUUCGUCCUCAUUUCCCGUCUUUGCCCUGGCAUCUCAAGUUUCCGAGUCAGACCUCAGACAGGCUACCGACACGAUCAACGAGCAGGCCUGGAUGGAACUCAGUUUCGACGACGCAGAGUUGGUGGAGAUGGGUUACGCUGCCGCUCUUCGCCCGACGCGGGUGCGAUGGUAUCACGAGGAAUUGAACAAGGGCGGCACCAGCGGCACCGAUGACCCGCAGUGGUAUCCUCUCAAGUUUCUCGAUAUCGCCUCUCCAGAUUGGAAGAAUACGGGGGCAGUGUUGGUGUUUUAUGCCGCUCUACAUGAACAAAGUAACAACGAGAACGUCACUGUCAAGGCCCAUAGGGUGGAUCCAGAAAAGAUUGGACCAACACUCAUCAGUUUACGCUAGGGUGAUGCCGAUUCGGUUUCAUCAACAAUAUUGAAGUCGGUGCAUGUUCGUCCAC